GUUGCGUGGCCAAUUACUCACCGACAUAGAUAACAAACAGAAUUACAUGUUUUUGGUCGGUGGCCUUUAAGCAACGCAAUGAAUUCCAACCAAUCCGUUUCACGCCAUAACAGCAAUGUUGGCAAUAAGUCAGUAAGCCAAACCUCUUCUGCAGCUACAACUCCUAGUUCUAGUAAUAGUUUAAUAGAACCAUCGGAAGAUUCUACCCUAAACAAUGCCUCAAACCUAUUCUACGGAGGAGAGCGUGUUACACCUGACACGGAAACGCGAGAUUUCAGCUUUCGAGAAUUAUGGGCGUUUACUGGACCCGGGUUUUUGAUGUCUAUUGCUUAUCUAGACCCCGGGAACAUUGAAUCUGAUUUGCAGAGCGGAAUUGUAGCGAAAUACAGCUUGCUAUGGGUGCUACUAGGAGCUACACUGCUAGGACUAGCAAUGCAACGUUUGGCUGUGAAAAUUGGAGUCGUUACAGGAUUGGAUCUUGCGGAGAUGUGCCAUAAACAGUACAAAACUGUGCCCCGAGUGAUACUUUGGCUUAUGGUGGAAGUCGCCAUUAUUGGAUCCGACAUGCAGGAAGUAAUUGGAACAGCCAUUGCUAUCUAUCUUCUGUCGUACAAACGAAUACCUUUGUACAUCGGUGUGUUGAUAACUGUGUUAGAUACAAUGUCCUUUCUAUUUUUGGACAAGUAUAAGCUGAGGCGGCUGGAACUAUUUUUCGGCUUUCUCAUAACCACGAUGGCUGUAUCGUUCGGUUAUCAGUACGUUAUUAGCGAUACGCCACAAAUGGAAGUAAUUAAGGGUAUGUUCAUUCCCUGGUCAUCCGACUAUCGGCCCGGUACACUUUUGCAAGCUGUUGGGAUUAUUGGUGCCGUCAUCAUGCCACACAAUUUGUACUUGCAUUCAGCGCUUGUGAAGUCUCGAGAAAUCAACCGAAAUGAAGUGCGAGAGGUGAAAAAAGCCAACCGUUAUUACUUUAUCGAGGCAACGGUAGCGCUCGCCGUAUCUUUUAUCAUCAACGUGUUUGUAGUUUCUGUAUUUGCUCACGAUUUGUAUGGAAAAUCAAAUCAGGAUGUGAUUGACAGAUGCAGCAAUUCAUCUUUUUCGGAUGACAUUCUCCAUGCAUUUGAUGCGAAUAAUGCUACAGCAGAUAUUAAUAUCUACAAAGCUGGUCUGGUGCUGGGAUGCUUUUACGGUGGUGUGUCAAUGUACGUGUGGGCGAUCGGUAUAUUGGCGGCCGGUCAAAGUUCCACGAUGACUGGCACUUAUGCAGGACAGUUUGCUAUGGAAGGAUUCCUUAAUUUACAAUGGGCGCGAUGGAAACGGGUACUGUUCACCAGAACCGUAGCAAUCAUGCCAGCGUUCUACGUGGCAUUUUUCAGCAGGCUAGAGGAUCUUACCAAGAUGAACGACAUUUUGAAUGCCGUUAUGGCCUUGCAGCUUCCGUUCGCAGCAAUACCCACCGUGGCAUUUUCUUCAAGCGUGGCGCUAAUGAAGAAAGAGUUCGUGAACGGCCCGAUAGAGAAAGCAAUCUCCAUCACUCUCAGUUUCACUGUCAUUGGUAUCAAUCUGUAUUUCAUUAUUGCAAACUUACAGCAAGUAACGUUGACCGCUUUUAUGAUUUUUGGUGUUGCCAUCUUCGGUACAUUCUAUAUCGCUUUUAAUAUUUACCUUAUUUUACACAUGAUGGUAAAUUUAGGAAACAAGACAAUAGCAACGAAUUCGCUCGUAAAACGUUAUAUCUUUGAUGAUGUUAAUUUGUUUUCAAAUAUGGCAACGUUGGAUAAUGGCUUAUGAUCUUAGGGGGGUAUCA